AUGCCGGGUCGUCGGGGCGGAUCCCUGGUUCGGAGGUGGUUGCGCUGGGCGCGCGCCACCAAGGAGGCGCUGCAGAGGGCCGCGUGCCUCAGGCCGGCCAUCCGCGGUUCCGAGCGGUCGAUCGUUUCCAGCGGGUCGAGCGGGUGCGUCGAUUCGGACAGCGACGAUGACGACAACCGCAUGGAGGUGAAUUCCGAUGCGGGGGAGGCGGAGGAGGCGGUGCGGAUGGUGCCCGUGGUGGACGGGAGGGUGCCGUCUCUGUUCGAAGUGUGCGCGCGGGCGAUCGCGCAGGACAAGCGGCUGGUGGCGAGGCUGUACUACAACGCGCCGCUCGGGAUCGAAUACCUGUGGGAAGUUGUGAAGGAAGCCCAAGAGCGCCAGGAAGAGUUCACCAGGACCAAUUGCACCCUGAAUAUGAGGGGUUGCAGGGAUAGCCACAGUGUGCUGGGACGGACUGUGGGGAGGAGAAUGAGCAAAUGUGACAGGCUGGUGUCCCUCAUCCUGGACGAUUGUACUGGCUUGACGGACAACGUGCUGCAUGGGGUUGCCAUCCCACGUGGCAAGGUGGGUCUCCCACACCUCGAGCGUCUGUCUGUGGCUGGCUGCCCACUGAUGACAGACAACUCGCUGGAGCACGUCAUACGGAUCUACGGGCCAAGGCUGAAGGUGGUGCGAUUGUCCAACAGUGGCGCAACUCAGCGGUGCGUCAAGGCGCUGGCACGAUACUCCACGAACCUGGAGGUGGCAGCAUUUUCGCAUCAGCUGCACGUCAGGGACAAGCACAUGCUUCAGCUGGUGAUGGGCUGCCCUCGCUUGAAGCAGAUCGAGGCUUCAUAUUGCAGCUUGAUCACGGAUGUCUCUGUCAUGGCCAUUGCCAAGAACCUGUGGGCUCUGGAGACUUUGGACCUUUCGUAUUGUGAUCAAGUCGGGCCAUCGAUUGAGAGUCUGCAGCAAUGCAAGUUCUUGCAGGGCUUGCGACUGCAGAAUUGCCCAAGGGUCACUGACAGCAUCUUGAAGCCCGUGCUUCAGUGGUGCUCCCUGCUGGAGGUGCUGUGCGUGCGGAGCUGCCCCCUUGUGGGCAUGGCCACCAUUGACAACAUCUCCUCGCACUGCGGCUCCCUGAGGGCUCUGGACAUCAUGGGCGUGAGUGCCGACGGCAACAAGGCACUGGCGGUUCUGGCGAAGAGUGACGCCGUUCGGCACACGCUUAAGGAAUUUUGUUCGACACAACGAGUGGUUUUGCGAAUGACGUCCUACAUUUGGGAGCUUUUUGUACCACAAUAG